GAACCCUCUCGCCAUCUCCAACAAGCUCUCAUCGUUGUCACCCUCCUUCCUGCAAGGAAAAGCCCCAAGCCAAGAGGCCUUCAACUCGAUUCACAUCCACACAGUUCUUCCAAAUAACAAUCCAAACGCUCUCACUCCGCCCGCCGGCUGUGUCGUUCUCUCCACUCAAAACUCCGCACCUCUCUCUUCUAAGACUACUGCUUAUCCCCGCCCUAUCCCCUCAGUGUCCAAGGUUUUGACAUCGUGACCGGGUCCUACAAGUGUCCGAGUGCCCCUGUUUCCGCGACGCAAAUUCUCAACAGCCUCUUUGACCACAUCUAGGAGAAUCCAUGACACCCCAUGGAUAUGGUUCCUUUCCUGCGCAAUUUCAACCAGGAGCGCAUGCACAACAAGGACAAACUUUUACUAUCGGUCCUGGACAAAGCCAAGCAAUGCAAUUUUCUCAACCAAUGCAGCAAUUUCCCCCACGACCCGGUCAGAAUAGUCACAUGUUUACAUCACAACCAAUUCAAAUGCCAAGUAUGCAACCGAGCGGGCAUAUUCCACCUGCCUCUUUGCAGCCUCAACAAAUGAUUCUUUCUGCUAAUAAUCACAUGCCUGGUUUUGCACCAUCUCCUUUUGGCCAGGCAUCCCAAAUGAACACACCUCUUUUCGCAGCCGGAGGACAGCAGUCACAACACUGGCUUCCACCAGGGAAUCACAGUGCACCUAAUCAGCAUACCCUUCAGCCACCCCCAGCUCUUACUCCUGCAGUUGCAGGUGCAAGUACUCACAGUAGUAUCGAGCAGUCAACAUCUGAUUGGCAAGAGUACGAAGUCUCAGGAAGAAGAUACUACUACAACAAGAUUACAAAACAGUCUAGCUGGGAGAAGCCCUUGGAAUUAAUGACGCCCUUAGAGAGAGAAGAGGCAUUAACUGGUUGGAAAGAGUUUACAACCGAGAAUGGAAGAAAGUAUUACUAUCACAAAGAAAAGAAGGAGUCUAAGUGGGAAAUACCCGAGGAGUUAAAGUUGGCUCGUGAACAAUCUGAAAAAGCUGCUGCUCAAGAACAAAUAUCAGAUGCAGGCUUGACACCCAAGGCUGCAAUCGGUGCAACUGGAACCUCAAGUGAAAAUCAGUUCACUGCUGUAACCCCGGUUAGCUCUAGCCCUUCAACUUUUUCUGGAGUAGCUUCAAGCCCGGCACCAGUUACACUGGUUGCCACUGUUGUUAAUGCUUCGUCUGCGGGGGUUUCUGGAUCACCAGCUACUCCUGCUUUGAACCUUGCUACAACAAGCUCAGCCAAUGUAUCUUCGCCUGCUGCAGCACCAGGAAGUAACACAGAUCCCGCAAAUUUGGCUAGCUCCAACCAGGCACCUCUGAAUGUCGCUGAGAAUUUAUCUCCUCAAGUUGUUGCUUCCUCAGGUGUAUCUUCUGUACAGGACAACGGGCAUAUGAAUAAGAGUAAUGCUGCUACAAAUCUUUUUGCUACACAUUCGGAGGGUAAAGCAUCUGAAGAAGAACCUUUGGUGUAUGCCACCAAGCAGGAGGCCAAAAAUGCUUUUAAAGCUCUAUUAGAAUCUGCUAACGUGGGAUCUGACUGGACCUGGGAUCAGACAGUGCGAGCAAUAGCCAAUGAUAAGCGGUACGGAGCACUGAAAACUCAUGGUGAGAGAAAGCAGGCAUUCAAUGAGUACCUGAUGCAACGGAAGAAGCUUGAAGCUGAAGAGAAGCGCCUGAGACAGAGGAAAGCGAAGGAGGAAUUCACGAAGAUGUUGGAAGAGUCCAAGGAACUCACAUCAUCAACAAGAUGGAGCAAAGCAGUCACAAUGUUUGAGGAUGAUGAGCGGUUCAAGGCUGUUGAAAGAGAGGCUGACCGUGAAGAACUCUUCAAAAUGUAUUUGGUGGAUCUUUUGAAAAAGGAAAAGGCAAAAGCUCAAGAGGAUUACCGAAAAAACAGAUUGGAGUAUAGACAAUUCCUUGAAACAUGUGGGUUUAUCAAGGUUGAUACACAGUGGCGGAAAGUUCAGGAUCUCUUGGAAGAUGAUGAACGAUGCUCACGCCUUGAAAAAUAUGACCGCUUGGAGGGUUUCCAGGAUUAUAUUCGUGACUUGGAGCGUGAGGAAGAAGAGCAGCGUAAAACACAAAAGGAACACUUGAGGCGUGCUGAGCGCAAGAACCGCGAUGCUUUCCGUAAUAUGAUGGAAGACCAUAUUGCUGCUGGGACACUCACUGCUAAAACACAAUGGCGUGAUUACUGUCAGACGGUGAAGGAGUCUGUGCCUUAUCAGGCUGUUGCAUCAAACACUUCAGGGUCUACACCAAGGGAUUUGUUUGAAGAUGCUGUUGAAGAGUUGGAAAAUCAGUAUUAUGAAGACAGAACACGUGUUAAAAAUGUCUUGAAGUCUGAAAAGAUAAACUUCUCAUCAACAUGGUCAUUUGAGCACUUUAAAGAUUCUAUAUCGGAAAGCGUUGGCACUCCACACAUUUCUGAAGUUAAUUUGCAGCUCAUAUUUGAGGACCUCAUGGAUAGAGCGAAAGAAAAAGAAGAGAAAGAAGCUAAAAAGCGUCAACGCCUUGCAAGCGAUUUUAUGGAGAUGCUGAGCUAUAUUGAUGAAAUAACUGUUUCUUCAAGUUGGGAUGAGUGCAAAGAGCUUUUCGAUGAUAGCUCAGAAUACAAAGCUAUUGGCGAAGAAACAACCUUAAGGGAACUCUUUGAGGAGCAUGUUGCAUGGUUGCAGGAGAAGGCCUUAGAAAAAGAACGUAGACGGGAUGAGGAAAAGGCUAAAAAAGAUAAAGAAAAGGAUGAAAAAGAAAAGAGGAAAGAGGAGAGAAAAGAAAAGGACAAGGAAGAGCGUGAAAGAGAAAAGGAGAAGGGAAAAGAGCGACCGAGAAGGGAUGACGAGAGUACUGAUUUCAUUGAGUAUGAUCACAAAGAAGAUAAAAAGAGGGAUAAGGGAAAAGAAAGAAAACACCGGAAAAGGCAUCAUAGCCCUACAGAUGAUGUGACUUCUGAUAAGGAUGAGAAAGAGGAAACUAAGAAGUCCCGUCGACAUGGUGGUGACAGGAAAAAGUCAAGGAGGCAUUCACCAGAGUCAGAUAGUGAAAGUCGGCACAAGAGACACAGAAAAGAACGCGACUCCUCUCGACGUAACAGUGGUGGACAUGAAGAGCUCGAAGAUGGUGAACUUGGCGAGGAUGGUGAAAUCUACUGAGUGCGCCUUUCUACCUUUUUUUGUGCACUUAUUCUGAUCUCGUCAUUACACACCCCCCCCCUCUUCAUGCCCCUUUAGUAGACAUGUUUGCAGUGUGCCCAUCUUAUUAGACAGGCCUCUUACUGAUGCCCUACUUUUCUUUCACUGCAUGAUCCUCUGUUUUCCCAGGUCGUAUCUAACAACCAUACAUCGGCAUUUGUUAGACUCCUUAACUGUUUUGGUCUUAUUAGGAAUUGUCAUUAUCAUCCGAAUUAUAGAAAAGCAUGUAUCGUGUCAUUUUUCUUUCCAAAUCAUGUACGAGUAAGAGAAGACAUAAAGCUGCUUUUGUGCUCUUUGCUUUUAUAGAAUUGCAAUACUCAGUAUUGUUGAGUUUUCAGUCACAAUCUUGUUGCCCCAUAAUACUUGUGUUUAUAAUUGUAAUAAUCUUUUUUAAGGUUA